CCAAUUGUAUUAAAGACUCUAUGGCUUCAGAGAUGAAUCUAGUAGGACAUUCCCAGCUACCUCCAGCUGAUGGAUUUUCUCUUCUGGAAGGUCCUCAUUUAUUUGAUCCAAUGACCUCUCUGGGGCAAGAUUCGGAUGUAUCACCCUAUUCACAGUACAACACAGUGCAGUACAACUUUCCCCCUGUGCAGCCGCCAAUUUCUUCACCCCCUUAUUACUCCAGCCUCAGCUUCUAUCCACAACAGCCUGAAGAAUGGUACCAACCUGUAGCAUAUGAGUUUAGGAAAAUGCCCUCUGAUAACCUUUUCAUGAAGGAGCCAGACCUAGGAGGCAUGACUGCAACCAAGAAGUCUCGAAUGGGCUAUUCCUCUGGCAGAAUGAAAGGCGAGGAGCUCUGUGUUGUCUGUGGUGACAAGGCAUCUGGGUACCAUUAUAAUGCUCUUACUUGUGAAGGCUGCAAAGGCUUCUUCAGAAGAAGUAUCACCAAAAAUGCUGUAUAUAAGUGUAAAAACGGAGGGAACUGUGAAAUGGACAUGUAUAUGAGGAGGAAGUGUCAAAAGUGCCGUCUACAGAAGUGCAAAGAAGUGGGAAUGCUGGCUGAAUGUUUGUUAACAGAAAUACAAUGUAAAUCAAAACGGCUAAGAAAAAAUACAACACACUCUGUGGAUCAUACAACAGGUGAAGAUAUUGAGGGACCUGACAUGAAACAAGUGUCAUCUACAACAAAAUUCUACAAGGAGAAAGUAGAACUAACCCCAGAAGAGCAGCAUCUUCUACACUAUAUCAUGGAUUCAUAUAACAAGCAACGAUUUCCUCCUGAGGUUUCUAAAAAGCUUUUACAAGAGGCAUUUACUGCUGAGGAGAAUUUCCUCAUCUUAACAGAAAUGGCCACCAGUCAUGUACAGGUUCUAGUGGAAUUCACCAAAAGACUACCAGGUUUUCAAACCCUUGACCAUGAGGAUCAGAUUGCUUUGCUAAAGGGUUCAGCUGUGGAAGCCAUGUUCCUUCGGUCAGCUGAGAUCUUCAACAGGAAACUUCCUGAAGGGCAUGCUGACCUCCUGGAAGAAAGAAUUCGCAACAGUGGUAUCUCAGAUGAAUAUAUAACACCCAUGUUCCAGUUCUAUAAAAGCAUGGCAGAACUGAAGAUGACACAAGAAGAAUAUGCUCUACUUACAGCAAUAGUUAUCUUAUCUCCAGACCGGCCAUACAUCCAGGACAGAGACUCUGUGGAAAGGCUUCAAGAGCCUCUGCUUGGUGUUCUGCAAAAAAUCUGCAAGCUUUAUCACGCAGAGAAUCCUCAACAUUUUGCCUGCCUCCUGGGUCGUCUUACAGAACUGCGGACUUUUAAUCACCAUCACGCAGAUAUGCUGAUGUCUUGGAGAGUUAAUGAUCACAAGUUUACACCUCUCCUUUGUGAAAUAUGGGAUGUGCAGUGAUUACAAUGGGGUGGAUUGUCAUCCUCUCAUUUCAUUGGAACAUAUUCCAUGUAAAUAUAUUCAGGAUCGGAUUGUUUUGUAAUUUUUAAUGCAUUGAUAAGCAUUCAUAGUACAUUUUCUGUAUUGGGAUUUGUUUUGUUUACUAUUUUUCAAAUGUUACGCGAAAGGCUUUUUAUAUGUGAAACUAGACCAACUGCCUUUGUACCUAAACUUCUUGAAACAAAAUCCAACUACUUCUGAAGCAGAUAUCUUGUUGUUCCUGAAACUAACCUAAUUAUAUCUCCAUUUCUUCCUUUCAAAUGAUAUUUCCAUAUUUGUUCAUCAACACACACUAUUUAAUAGGCAAU